AUGGAAAUUCAAACUUUAGCACCGAAAAUCCUUCGCGAUGCAUCAUUGGACACCAGAUCAAGCUAUUUUGUUCGGUGGAGAAAAACCGAUCAGUGCAAUAGUCGCGGCGAACUAUCCUUGUUCAGUGCUGAAAAUAACAUCUCGCAAAGACCAUCUAGUAAUACACGCGGAUUACGCAUCUAUAAAUAAACCAUUUCACCCCGAUGAAAUAAAAGGAAGUCCGAUGAACGGAGUAAUUUUCC